UUAACGAACUUUGACCUCGGAACAGGUUCCUUCGAAAACAAAAUUAUUCUUAAAAAUAUACGUUCAUUUCAUUUCCAAUUUUAAUUAAGGAAGCAUUUUUAUAUCGUAUAAUUGCCGUUAAGAAUUAAUUUUAAAAAUAUAAACAUUAAAAAUUAAGUACGUUUAAUCAUCGACAUCGUUAAAUCUCCUAUCGCGCAUGCGCCGUUUCCAGUACCUGGCACGCUGCCCGAAAAAGAAAAGCGGUUUAAAUACGUCUUAGAUUAUCCGACCAAUGAGGUAGUCCGUUUUAUUUCUAACGGACUACCUCAUUGGUUGGAUGAUACGGCUUUACCGAGCACGUUCACGUUCAGUCUGGAGAUCGGGACGAAGGGGUGGGUUGGCUGUUUGACUUUCUACAUUUUCUAUUAGGAGGGGGAAAAAAGAAAAAAUGUUUACUCGCAAUAGGAAUUUAAUACGUGCCGUAUGGAAUAACUAUCGUCGUUUAGCGGACUUUUCUACCGAAACUGGUGCCAAGGCUACAGGAUACAAUUUUCAAUUGACACCAGAACAGGAGGAAUACCAACAGUUAGCUAGGAAAUUUUGUAGAGAAGAAAUAAUUCCAAAAGCUGCACACCAUGAUAAAACUGGCGAAUAUCCUAUGGAUAUUAUCAAAAAGGCAUGGGAAGUAGGACUGAUGAAUCUUUCCAUACCUACUAAAUAUGGCGGUGCAGGAUUGGGAUGUUUUGAUACCUGCUUAAUUGCGGAAGAGCUAGCGUAUGGAUGUACUGGAAUUCAGACGGCUAUGGAAGCUAAUGGGCUGGGACAGGCACCGGUAAUAUUAUCGGGAAAUGAAGAACAGAAGAAGAAGUAUUUGGGCAGGAUGACGGCAGAACCACUGAUAUGUGCCUACUGUGUAACCGAACCUGGAGCAGGUUCGGAUGUAGCUGCCAUCAAGACUAAAGCAGAAAAGAAAGGUGACAAAUGGAUUCUCAACGGACAGAAGAUGUGGAUCACCAAUGGUGGCAAAGCCAAUUGGUAUUUUGUACUCGCUCGGACCGAUCCAGAUCCAAAAUGUCCGGCCAGUAAGGCUCUUACGGCAUUUAUUGUGGAUGCCGACACGCCAGGAUUGUCGCAUGGUAGAAAAGAAUGGAAUAUGGGACAGCGUGCCUCGGAUACCAGAGCCGUAAUAUUUGAAGAUGUGGCUGUACCAGAAGAAAACGUUCUGGUUGGAGAAGGACAGGGAUUCAAAAUUGCAAUGGCUGUCUUUGACAAAACAAGACCUCCAGUAGCAUCAGCAGCUGUGGGACUGGCUCAGAGAGCUCUGGAUGAAGCUACAAAGUACUCAAUGGAAAGGAAGACUUUUGGUAAAUACCUGGCAGAGCAUCAGGCCAUCCAGUUCAUGUUGGUUGAAAUGACCAUGGGAGUCGAAACAGCACGUCUGGCCUGGAUGAGGGCAGCCUGGAUGCUUGAAAGAGGAGAACGUAACACGUAUUGGGCAUCUAUUGCAAAAUGUCUGGCUGGCGACGUGGCCAACAAGUGUGCCACUGAUGCAGUUCAGAUCUUUGGAGGAAAUGGUUUCAAUAGUGAAUACCCAGUAGAAAAAUUGAUGAGAGAUGCCAAAAUAUAUCAAAUCUACGAAGGCACUGCCCAGAUACAGAGAAUGAUUAUUGCCCGUGAAUAUCUCAAAAAUGCAAAACAGAACCUUUAAACAUGUUUAUGUAUACUCUGGCACUAUUUUAUGCAGUCAAAUAUGUUAAAAAAUUUAUUAUAAAUAUACUUAUAUUUUUAUAAUUAGACUGUAUUUGCAGUUAUUAAUAACUCCUUCUACAAUUUUGUGUGAGUAGCAAGGGGCCAUUGGGGUGAACCCUAAUGACCACUUAAUCUGCACGGGUUGGAAAGACACGCUCUCGGUUGUCGAAUGGCAUAGGAGGACGAAAAAAAAAAGUGAGUGGGGAGGAGUCGGAAGUCAUGACAAGGUGUCCAAAUAACUACACGGUUUUAACUAUCCAACGCAUUUAAUAAAACAAUGAUAGAUUAUACACAAAGACAAUAAAUGUAACACUCGUGUAUCAAAAUAUAAAUAUAUAUAUUCUAAAUUCUAACCUAACUUAAAGCCAAAAGAUCGAGAAAGACCUCACGUUGGAGAGAGAGAGAAUUUAUGGCAAGGGUUUACCUCGUAGGAUACGAUCUCAUCGUAUAAGACGUUCAUAGGACGCUCUGGGAUCGUCGUCUUCUAUUCAAAGUGCCCUUGGAAGGCUAUGUGGAGCG